GACCCGGACCCUCCCUGGAGGCCCGGGCUCCCCCCGGGGGUGGGCCUGCCCGGCUCCUGACCUCUGCCCGGCCUCGCUCGUCGGGCCGGGGGCGGAGUCGGUUUCUUCGGCUUCCCGCUUCCCGCUGGGGCGACAACAAUGAAAGUGAAAGGGGGGGAGCUGGCCGGGGUCCGCCGGCCCGUCGCCCCGCGGCCUUGGGCUAGCACCCUCCCCAGGCCUGUUUCGGGGGUCGGGUGAGGUGAGCCCCGCGGCCCGGGCUGGAGGGGGUGGGCGUCUCCCGCCGCCGCCACGGUCUGUCUGGAACUUCUCAGACGGCUCUUGUCAGCCCCAAGUGCCACCAGACCGAGCCUGCGGGCUCCUCCGCCCGCCCCCUCCAACCAGCAACCCGGGGAGGCGCCGGCGCCCUCCGCGCCCCAGCCCGUGCGCCCUCUCGUCCCGGCUCCGGGCUCUCCGCCGCAGGGCCGUUACCUGCCCCGGGGGUGGCGGCGCGCCCUCCCCAGGAACACGCGGGAAACCCGGGGGCUGCCUGCGGGAGGUGGAGUGCGACCUCGACGGGCUCAGCAGAGCCCGGGGCUUGUGACACACGGGUUCCGUGACCCUCCUGGGACCACGUCUAAGGCUCCAGGCGGCCCAGGAUGCAGCACCGUGGCUUCCUCCUCCUCGCCCUUCUCGCGCUGCUGGCGCUCACCUCCGCGGUGGCCAAAAAGAAAGAUAAAGUGAAGAAGGGCGUCCCAGGGAGCGAGUGCGCAGAGUGGACCUGGGGACCCUGCACCCCCAGCAGCAAGGACUGCGGCGUGGGUUUCCGCGAGGGCACCUGCGGGGCCCAGACCCAGCGCAUCCGGUGCAGGGUGCCUUGCAACUGGAAGAAGGAGUUUGGAGCCGACUGCAAAUACAAGUUUGAGAGCUGGGGGGCGUGUGAUGGGGGCACAGGCACCAAAGCCCGCCAAGGCACCUUGAAGAAGGCUCGGUACAAUGCCCAGUGCCAGGAGACCAUCCGCGUGACCAAGCCCUGUACUCCCAAGACCAAAGCCAAGGCCAAAGCCAAGAAAGGGAAAGGAAAAGACUGAGGCCAGGUCGGGAAGCCAAGGAGCCCCUGGCCUUACCCAGGGCCAGGCCUGCACCCUUCCCUCCCACAGGCCCAGGAUGUAACCUACCAGUGCCUUUGUCUGCUUGUUAGCUUUAUCAAUCAUGCCCUGCUUUUGUCUUUGACUCCCCACCCGACUCCAAGUGCCCCAAGUGGGGAGGGACAAGAUUCUGGGAAGCUUGAGCCUCUCCCCAAAGGGAUUUGAUUCCCAAUACCCGCUUUGUUCUUCCCCACCACGAUACCUGUUACUGAGAAAUAAAUAAAAUGAAUCGACUUCUUUUUUUCCCGAAUAAAAGCUUUUUUUUUUAAAUAUAUAAAAGCCCCUU